AGCCGAGGCUCAAGGAGGAAGUAGCCCUCGCAGGGUUAUCCGAUGCCCUGGGCUUGGUAGCCCAGGCGACACUCGAUCAUUACAAGACUUGGCCGAGAGAAGUGCGGGAUAGCUCGGGACGGCCCGUGCGAUGUGGAGGACGCUCGUGGCUGCGCCGCGCGCCGUGGCGCAGCGCGCAGGAGACAGCGAUGGAUCGCGUCCAGCGCGCCGACGCCACGGGAGUCCGUGGAUCAGGUGUUUGCCCUCUUCGACAGACAUGGCAAUGGUGACUACGUCGGAGAGUGGUGGCCCCCCCGCUGGCAUCGCGCUCCAGGCGGCCGAGCUGGCCGGGCGCGCAGGGCUCGGCAGCGACGCCACGAUCGCCGCGCUGCUGCACGACUGCGGCCACCUCCUGGGCCUGGACGACCCGUCGCUGCCUCGCAUGGGGGAGUGCGGGAUCAUGGACCACGAGGGGCUCGGCGGCCGCUGGCUGCUGGGCCUGGGCUUCUCGGGGCGCGUGGCGGCGCUGGUGCGGCGGCAUGUGGAUGCAAAGAGAUACCUGUGCUGCAUCAAGCCGGAGUAUCACGCUCGUCUUAGCGAUGCUUCUCUGACGACGCUAGGAUACCAAGGUGGCCCCAUGGCACCAGAGGAGGCGGCCGCCUUCGAGCGGGACGAGCUGUUCAGGAGAGCGGCCGCGUGCUGCCACGGUUGCCAGAACAGGCUCGAGCCCGAGCCUGUAGCCCCUAAGCUCCCCAUCUCGGGCGGGCGGCAGCGGGGCCAGGCCCGCGGGCCUGGGGCCCGCGGGGCCCGGCUCGCGAUGGGGUGCGCGGGGUCCUCGGCGGAGCAGCCGCCCAAGGCGGACUCCUCGGGCUCCAAGAUUCAGGCGAAGCCCCUGCCGACCAACGUCAAGCCUUGCCGGGCGUCUGCGGCGGUCCCGGCGAGCGGGCCCGAGGCGCCGGGUUCGGGCGGGUCGUCUGCUUCGGUCGGCCUCCGGGGCCGUGUCCAGGCGCCGGGGGCCGCGGAGAGCGGAUCCAGGGUGAAGCCGGGCUUGCAGACGCCCGCGAGCCGUUUCGGCUACAAAGGUGCCAGCAGCACCCUCCGGACACCCCUCCCCCUUUGGCAUUGCCCUGGCAUCAGCAGCUUCCUCUUCGGGUACUCGCUGUGCGUCCUCGACACUUGCCUCGGCCUGUUGCCCGUAGUGUUCGAGUGGUGCAACAACGAGUGGCAGGCUGACUGCUUCGCCAGCCGCGCCUGCCAGGCUCUCGUGAACGCCUCGGUCUACCUGGGCGCUGCCGUCGGCGCCCUCCUGUCCGGCAGGCUCUACGAGGCUGGCGCGCGCUUCCAGAUCAUGACCUCUGACGUGAUCUUCAUCGUGGGCGCCCUGCUCGGCGCCACGGCGCAGGGCGUCAUCGGGCUCCUGCUUAGCCGCCUCGUCUCGGGCGUCGGCCUGGGCCUGUCGGCCAUCGCCGCGCCGAUGUACAUCGCGGAGGUGUCCCCGCGGGAGCGGCGCGGGUCCAAGGGCGCUUUGCACGGCGUGUUCAUCGGAGUGGGCAUCUGGUUCUCCAGCACCGAGCUGGUGCUCUUCCGGCGGGUGCUGCCCGUGGACCCGCCGGGCUUCCUGCUGCAGAAGGACAGGCAGCAGGACCGGCACGAGCUCGCAAAGGGGACCUACGGCCUGGAGCCCCCGAGGGGCGCGGGCGGCUCGAGGCUCGCCGGCGAGGCCCCGGACGCGGAGCCCGGCAGCGCGGCGGCGAGGGCGGCCGGGGCUCUCCACGAGACCGGGGUGGAGCAGAUACUCAGCGAGAUGAUUUACGCCUGCGAGCAGGCCGCCCAGAUUCCGCGGCUGCACAUUCACCAGGCGCUCUGCGACAGGUACUUCCAGCCCGCGCUGUUCGUGGGCUUCACCCUGGCAGCCUUCCAGCAGCUCAGCGGCAUCAACGCGCUGAUGUCCUACUCGAACGCGCUCUUCUCGCAGGCCGGGAUCCCGAGCUCCCAGCUGACCCUGGCGUCGACCAUCAUGGCCACGUGCAACGCCCUCGCCGCGAUCAUGAGCUCCAAGGUGGUGGACCGCUGGGGCAGGCGGGCGCUGCUCCUCGGGGGGCCGUUCCUGCAGAUGGCCGCCAUGCUCUGCAUCUCCGAGUGCGCGCCGGGCCACGAGUCGUGGCUCUGCCCGCUCCCGGGCGCGGUCGUGGGCCCGACCAUGGUGCUGUGCUGCUUCUGCCUCUUCACGGUCUCCUUCGCUGCUGGAUUGGGCGCCGUCACGUGGAUCUACCUCUCCGAGAUCUACAUCAUGGAGAUCCGGGGCGCCGCGCUGAGCGCGUGCGGCGUGAUAAACUGGCUCAGCUGCUUCGUGGUGGUCUUCGGCAUGCCCUUCCUCGGUCUGCACGGCGCCUGCAAGUUCUUCGGCGUAGUCUGUUUUGUUGGCUUCGUGGGCGUGUACCUCUUCGUGCAGGAGACGAAGGGCUGCUCGAUGGACGACAACCCGCUGACGCCGCAGAGCGACAGGGGCAAGUCGCCGCUGCUGUGCACCCCCCAGUCGGAGGAGGACACCGCCCGCGCCGAGGUGCGGGUGCGCAUCGAGCACCCCAGCAGGCGCUGA